CUCACGUGCUGAAACUUGAUUCUGACACGUCUUCAACGGCGCGUCACCGAGGUGAAAAGCUUCACCAACAAGCUUAGGCACCUCACCUUGAAGCAGGCAAACCAUGGCGCCUCCACUAUCUCCCAGACCGCUUCCUAGCAUUUUGCUCAUAUCCCUAAUACCAGUUGCUUCAUGGUUCGUCAUUCGUCCAUUACUGGACCCUGUCCCUCCAUUGCCAGCCCUAUGGGCAUCUGUUGGAUUCUCCAUAUUUGCGUUCCUUGCAGCACUUUACCUUGUCCCUGCACUUGGUCCAACCUUCGUGAAAGCCAACCUGAAAGGGAAGGACCUCUUGAAAGUCUAUUCUGAUCCCAUACCAGAGAGUCAAGGCCUCAUCUGCGCGUCAAUAUAUAUCUUGCUACUAAUCUUGUUUAUUCCUUUCCCAUUCUCCACUUCCAUCGCAAGCCUUUCGGGCGGAGGAAGCAAGAUCGAAGGCUUGCUGGGCGCUGCCUCUUUACACCAUGAGCUAUCCGUAUAUCUGUCAUCAUUACUGUCGCUCUUAAUGGCAACUCUAUUGGGGUUCCUCGACGAUGUGUUCGACAUUCGAUGGAGGCAUAAACUGCCUAUUCCACUCAUUGCUGCUAUACCGCUCUUGAUGGUCUAUUAUGCGGAAGGCGGGAAUACUCAUGUAGUUGUACCCAUUCCUCUUCGGCCAUUCUUCGGCCUUCUUGUUAACUUAGGUCCCUUGUAUUAUCUAUACAUGUCACUCCUUUCGACAUUCACCACCAACAGCAUCAAUAUUCUCGCUGGAAUCAAUGGCUCCGAAGUCAGCCAAGCAUUAAUCAUUGCUGUCUCGGUUAUUGUCAACGAUCUUCUAUACCUGCCCUGGCCGUUUGACUUCAGUAUACCCUUGCACCUUCUCGGCAAUCAAAUAGAAGUCGAAGUCGGUGGUGCCUGGCAUGCAGGAAUGGCCUAUGGAAGUAGCGAACUCGUUAUGAGGCAUCUCUUCAGUCUGUACUUCAUGCUUCCUCUCGUCGGUGUAUGUCUUGGAUUUAUGUACCAUAACUGGUAUCCUGCGCGUGCAUUCCCCGGAGACACGCUCUGCUACGUCACUGGAAUGGCCUUCUCCGUGGUCGGAAUACAAGCACACUUCUCCAAGACCCUACUCCUGUUCUUUAUUCCUCAGAUUUUCAACUUUUUGCUUUCAUGCCCACAGCUCUUCGGUAUCGUGCCGUGUCCCAGGCAUCGCGUUCCAAGAUUCGUUCCUGACACCAAUUUGCUGCACCCCUCAAAAACCAUAUUUGACAAACGGCCUCCUACGAGGCUCGCGUCUCUUGUUCUUCGUGUAUUUGCCACACUCGGUCUCACAGAGUUGACUAUGGACCCAACAAGCGGAGUUGUCCUUGAAGCCACCAAUCUGACUAUCCUCAAUUUUCUUCUCUUGCGCCUGGGUCCGAUGAACGAGAAGAAGCUCGUUCAGGUACUUAUGUGUACUCAGGUUGCGGGCAGUGUCUUUGCUUUUACCAUACGCUACGGUUUAGCUGGUCUCGUAUAUGAUGGUGACAGGCGGUAAUGAUGUGCAUGCUAUUGAUAGCAAUCUGCCUAGUGAUUUAGACGAUGCGGUCCUGCCUUUAUUGUCGUCGGGCACGACUUAUAGCAGGGUGCGUGCCUGCCCCUUGAUACGGUGGCUUUGCGGUGACACCCCGAACAGCGCUCACUCGUCGGUGGUCAGUUGACGUGUUGGAUGGUGAGGGAUCCGUCAUCGCAUAGGCUCGUUACCUACACUGUUCUGCGGGGGAGAACUGCAACCCUGAAGGACUGAAAUUCCAUGUCAAUGACAAUGUUCGGUGUGGGGUUGUGACAGGUGUCAAUCAAAC